CAGAGCACAGCAGCCUGCAUAAUGACCGGGCACCACUGCUGGGGAUACGGACAGGAUGACGGGCCUUCUAAGUGGUACAAAUCAUAUCCCAUUGCCCAGGGACAUCGUCAGUCACCUGUUGAUAUAGUUUCCACGCAAGCAGUUUACGAUCCUAGUCUGAAGCCUCUUAUUAUCUCAUAUGAAUCGUGUGCAUCUCUUGAAAUCUCCAACAAUGGCCACUCAGUCAUGGUGGACUUUGAAGAUGCUGAUGAUAAGACAGUGAUCAAUGGGGGCCCCCUUGAAGGUCCCUAUAGGCUAAAGCAGUUUCAUUUUCAUUGGGGAAUGAAGCACAGUCAGGGAUCAGAGCAUACAGUUGACAGCAAAUCUUUUCCUUCUGAGCUCCAUUUGGUUCACUGGAAUGCCAGGAAGUAUGCAACAUUUGGAGAAGCAGCAGCAGUUCCAGAUGGUUUGGCGGUAGUUGGUAUUUUCUUGGAGACUGGAGAAGAACAUGCCAAUAUGAACAGACUAACUGAUGCCUUGUAUAUGGUAAAAUUUAAAGGGACAAAAGCUCAGUUCAGAACCUUCAACCCAAAAUGCCUCCUGCCAUCUAGUCUAAAUUAUUGGACAUAUCCUGGUUCUCUAACAACACCUCCUCUAUAUGAGAGUGUAACAUGGAUAGUGCUGAAAGAGCCCAUCAGGAUUUCUGAGAAACAGCUGGAGAAAUUCCGAACUCUUCUCUUCACCAGUGAAGGAGAUGAAAGGAUCCAGAUGGUGAAUAAUUUUCGCCCCCCUCAACCUCUUAAGGGAAGAAUAAUUCGUGCUUCUUUCAAGGCCUAA